AAGCCAUUUUGGCUCAGGCGGAGCGGGCUGCCCAGUUUUGCCUGGCACCCACACAGGGGGGCGCGCUCCGGCGGGAUGUCUUUCGCGGACUCCCUCACGAAGAUCGUCGCGGAGAAGAGGAGGGAGCAGGCCGAGAAGGAGCGAAUCGCGGCCAAGUGGCUUGAGCACGAGCAGAAGCUGCUGGACCAGGGCGUGGAGCUGUUCAAGCAGCGCUGCACCCGCGAGGCCGAGCUGGGGGAGAAGUGCCAGGCGACGGUGUCCUUCGAGGUGCUCUCCAGGGAGAUCUCGGACUUCCCCAAGCGCGUGCUGACCGACUCGACCUACUUCGUGGAGUCCUGGGGCGAGGGCAUCCGGGCGGAGAACUGGUUCUACGCCGUGCGCGGCGCCGCCGCGUCGUGGUCUCCCGGGGCUCCCAUCCUCUUCGCCGAGGUGCUGCAGGGCAUGCUCCCCAAGUUCGUAGAGAAGGUGAAGGCGCUCGGGUUCAACAGCUGCGUGCACGAGUCUGGCACGUGGAAGGUGACGGUGACGUGGGACCCGCCAGGUGGCGGGGACGAGGAGGCUGGCGAGGAGGCGACUCAAGAAAGCCCCACUACGCCAGCGUGAAGACUCUGGCUCGCCAGGCACGGGUGCGUCCUCGGGAACGGCCCCUCGUGGAGCCGCGGGCAGAAGGAGCGACCGCGGAAAGGGUUGAGGGGCGGGGCACGGCGCGCGUAGUAGCCGCGGGGGAUCCUUCUCCUCGUCCUCUUUCCUCUUCUACUUUCUCGGCUCUCUCUCUCUCUCUCUCUCUCAAGCUCAGCAGUAGCUGCAGCGCGCGUUCGCGCCUGGCCCUCGAUGGCAGAGAGCAGUGGCGCCACAUCGCAGACGGGGAGACGCCCGAGUAGGAGGAGG